AAACAUAUUUUGAUUUUUCAGCCUAAGAAAUUGCAAUAGAAUGAGACGUAAACAUUCAAUUUAACCCAAUUUUUUGUUCUCUCUGCUGAACCAAAUGAAAUGAUAUAACGGUACAAAGUAAACACAAUCCCAUGGUUUUAAGCAACCGCUCAAACACAAGUCGCUGACAUGUUCUUUUCUUCUCUCAUCUUAUCUCGCUUCCAUUCCCAUGUGAAUCUCACUAAUUAGGUAACACUUCAACCUCUGCUGAAUCGGUGAAAAAAACUCGGUUUGUACGUAUAUCUUUGUCCGUGCAGGUGUGAGGUCCCAUUCCUUUUCAUGAAAAAUUUCAAAGUGCGAAUCAGAGUUUGCAUGACCCUUCCCUGUUUCUCCUUCCCCUGUUUUGCUUCAAAAGGAAUGAACUUGAUCAUGGAUUCGUUCCCUGACGCGUUUUGCGUGAAAUACCCACUUCCUUUUCGGUGAACAUGGGUUCUCCGAAAGCAUUUUUUCACCGAAAGAUGGAUCUUUUUUCCGGGUAUUUCUGGCUUUUUCUUUCUAAGGUUAUGCAAACUCUGUCCUGGGUUUUCAGCAAAACAUUCAUGAGAUUUUAUAGUCCUGAAGCAAUGAACCAAGUUUGUUCUUCUCAGAUUUCACAUGACAAUAAGGAAGCUGAGUCUAUUCAUUCUGAGGCAAACACUGAAUUUUUUGGAGAUGCCGAGUUGAAUUCUGAAAAUUUUGCGGUAUCAAAUGAUACUCUCUUACUUGAAAGCGAUCAAAGUGAUUCUAAUGUUAGCCAGAAAGAAGCAGAAUCCAUGAAAAGUUUUUGUACUGAAACUCUUGAUAAUAGUGUGAAUUCAGAUCAUGAAGAAGAGGAAACGACAAAGUUGGUUUUCAAAUUCCAAUAUCAAAGUUGGGAUUGCAAUUACGAUGAAGAAGUUAAGGGAAGCUAUAGUGAAAGUAGUGAACUUGUGAAAGGGGGUGAUGAUGCUGUUUCUGCUAGCACCAAAAAGUAUGAGUUUAUGUCAGGCAAGAGUUUCAGCCACUUCUUGGAUGAACCAGAAGCUGAAAAUUUCACUGUCAAAGAAUGUUUUGUUCAUUCAAAUGAUGAUGUUCCAUUGCAAAGUCAUGGUAUAAAUGAUUUGGGGUUCUUGUCUAGGAGGAAGCUCAUGCCAGAUUAUUGUGAAGGUGGGGUUAAUGCAGAAACUCUAGACAGUUUGAUGAAAAGUGCACACGAAGAUGAGGUGUCAAAGAAUUUCAAAGCUAUGCAAUAUAUAGAACAACCUCUGGAACCUGUUGUUAACAAAUUUCUUUCUGAAGAUGAUUUUAUCUGUUCAAGCUCAGACUCAGAUUCUCUCAGUUCUUUGGUGGAUGAUGGUUUUUUGUCUGACACAGACUUUGGAACCACUAUUGAGAUUGAUACAAUGGGAAGCAAUGGAGAAGAAAAUGCAGCUCUAACAGAAGAAGACUUGGACUUUGGUGAUGAGAAAAACUUUGAGAAUCUGGAUGUUGGAUAUGAGCCCGAUGAUUUUGCUGAAGAGGAAGAUGAGGACAUAAUGGAUGAACUUGAAAAAUUGGAGGAAGAGUGUAGGAUGGAAAAGUCUUCAGUUAACAAUUUUCAAGAUAGCAAAAACAUCAACUCAAAAGCUGAACAAUCUUUGAAAGCCAAUUCUCAGAGUUUAACAACUUUUGAUCUUGAGGAUUCCAAUCGGUUUGACACACUCUGGGAACAUCAAGAUUUGAUAGAACAAUUGAAAAUGGAGCUGAAGAAGGUAAGAGCCACUGGCCUACCUACCAUUCUUGAGGAUUCUGAGUCUCCAAGGAUAAUGGAAGACUUGAAGCCAUGGAAAAUUGAUGAAAAGCUGCAACAUGGUAGUACCACAAAUGAGCUUCCAAAAUUCUACAGGAGCUACAGAGAACGAAUGCGAAAAUUGGAUAUCUUAAAUUACCAAAAGAUGUAUGCUAUAGGAUUUUUGCAGUCAAAGGACCCACUCCAAUCAUUUUCAAGCCGUAGGAACACUUCACCAGCAAUCACAUGCAUUCUUCCACGCGGUUUUCGCUUUUCUAGACGCAAACACACUGAAGCUGACCCAAUGAAGAAGUUCAUAAGAGAAUUGUAUAGUGAUUUGGAAAUGGUUUAUGUGGGGCAGUUAUGCCUUUCUUGGGAAUUCCUUCAGUGGGAAUAUGAGAAGGCCUUGAAGUUAUGGGAAUCUGACCAAUAUGGAUUACUAAGGUUCAAUGAAGUAGCAGGGGAGUUUCAACAAUUUCAAGUGCUUCUCCAAAGGUUUAUAGAGAAUGAACCUUUCCAAGGUCCACGGGUUGAGAACUAUGCUAGGAAUCGUUGUGCCAUGCGCAAUCUUCUUCAAGUUCCAGUAAUAAGAGAAGACAAUGCCAAGGAUAAAAGGAAAUUCAGAAAAAGAGAGGCAGAUAAAGAUGCCAUAACAAGUGACAGGUUAGUGGAGAUCUUGGAAGAAUCCAUCAGAACAAUUUGGCGUUUUAUAAGAGCUGAUAAAGAUGCAUCUAGCUUGGCACUUAAAGGUUUAAGAGAAAAUCAAGUAGAGCUGCAAGACCCUGCUGAUUCAGAGCUUCUAAUGGAGAUUCGAAUGAAUCUUCAAAAGAAAGAAAAGAGAUUGAGAGAGCUUUUGAGGAGUGGAAGCUGCAUAUUGAAGAAAUUCCAAAAGCAUCAUGAAGAUGAGACAGAUCAAGUGCUCUACUUUUUCUCUCAAGUGGAUAUGAAAUUGGUUUGGAGAGUGUUGAACAUGUCAAGAAUAACUACGGAUCAAUUAACAUGGUGUCGUAGUAAACUAAAUAAGAUCAAUUUUGUAAACCGAAGGAUACAUGUAGAACCAUCAUUCUUGCUUUUUCCUAGUUAAUAGUUUAAUUCCGAAAGAUUUGUACAUAUGCUAUUGAGGUCAUUAUUGAAAUAGUAAAGCAUAUUUGCAU